AUGGCGGCGGCGGGCGGCGGCGGCGGCAGCGGCGGCGGCAGGGCCUGCUUCGUGCUGGGCGCCUCCGGGGAGACGGGCCGGGCGCUGCUGCGGGAGCUGCUGGCCCGGCGGCUCUUCGCCAGGGUGACGCUGGUCGGGCGGCGCCGGCUGAGCCUGGGCGAGGAGACGGGGGCGGCCGUGGAGCAGGCGGUGGUGGACUUCGAGCGGCUGAGCGAGCAUGCUGCCGCCUUCCAGGGACACGACGUCGGCUUCUGCUGCCUGGGCACCACCAGGGCCAAGGCCGGCGCGGCUGGCUUUGUCCGCGUGGACCGGGACUACGUAGCGCAGGCAGCAGAGCUGGCGCGGGCAGGGGGCUGCAAACACUUUGUGCUGCAGUCCUCUCAGGGGGCAAACCAGCACAGCCGCUUCCUCUACCUCCGCGUGAAGGGAGAAGUGGAGAACCUGGUCCAGGCUGUUGGUUUUGAUCGCUGUACCAUUCUCCGGCCAGCGGUGCUGCUGUGCAAGCGCCAGGAGUCCCGCCCCGCGGAGUGGAUGGCCCAGCAGUUUCUGGGUGCUGUGGCUUGGGUCUUCCCCACCGCUUACUCGGUGCCUGUGGAAACGGUGGCCAGGGCUAUGGUGGCCAGCGUGCUGCAGCCAGGUGAGGGGAAGGUGGAGGUGCUGGAGAAUGGGGCCAUCCACGAGCUGGGAAAGGCAGUGCCACAGGAGGGCACGUAGAGCAAGAGGGAUGGGCAGGAAGGAGCUUGAUUCAGAUGCUCUUCUGGGCUGAGGAUGAAUGCACAUGUGGGAAAGGAGUGGGGUGCUUGCAUGGCUAAUGUGGAGCUAGGGAUGCGCUUCUUUGCACAGUAGCCGAUUCUGUCAAGUGAUCAAAAAUGCAGGUGCUGGCUGAUGGGUGAGGAGAAACAAUGUGCUCUGCUGCCUGGAUCCAGUUUGCAAAUCUGGGUAAAAAUGGUGUAAUCCAAGCAAUUUCUUGAAUUGUGGCCUUCAAUAAAAUCCUAUGAGUGGUCUC